AUACGGUUGAAAGGAUUUUGGAUCGCAAGAUUUUUCGUCUCCAUUUUCGUCUCUCUGGUCAAUCCCAAAGAUUCCAUCUCCACGGGCAAAGUUCAUUACAACACAUCCAAAUGAUGCCUAUGAACAAGAUGCCGGUGCUUUGUAAAUUUGGGGGCAACUUCAUUUGGGAAUCAAAUAAGGUUUAUUACAAGGGAGGCACAAACCGCAUUGUUCGUGUCGAUCGAGGGAUCGAUUACAUCAACCUUUUUUCCAAAGUGUGUGGGAUUUGCAAGUUUACUGACAUUAGCAGCAUCAAGUACAAAUAUCUUGGUCUAGAUUUGGAUUCACUUGUGUCGAUUGAGAAUGAUGAUGACGUAUCCAAUGUGAUGGAAGCAUUUCCUCAAAGCAGUGAACCUAUUCAGUUAUUUGUUUUUUGUGACAAAAAAUUUUCAAUCCCCAUUGCCAAUCCCAGUUUUCUGAUGCAGAAUGCUGAUAAUGGAAAUGAUCAAGCAUCAUUGCGGGGUUUACAUGAAAGUAAUGGAACACUUGCACCUUCCUCACAUAAUACUAGUGUCAAUAACAAUGAUGUUCUAAGUGCAUCAAAUGAUUUGUGUAAAAUGGAUUGCUUGUUGAUGGAUGAUCAAGAAUUACCUUACGUGGUUGAUAGUUGUGUUAAUGACAUGCAGAAAAUGAUGUCUGUUUUAAAAGAAGGUCAAGAAUUUGAAGAUGCAAAUGCUUUCCACAAGGCUUUAAGGGAUUACGCCAUACGUUUAAAUUUUGAAUACAAGCGAAUAAGGUCAGGAUUUGGCCAUUAUCAGGCGAAAUGCAUUACAGAUGAUUGCUCAUGGCGCAUACAUGCAUGUAAGCUUCUUGACAAGCCUACAUUCAAGAUAAAAUCCCUGAAGGGAAAUCAUACUUGUUAUUCUAUAAAUUAGUCAAUAAUGUCAAAUACUAGAACGCAUCGACAAGCCAGUAGGAAAUGGAUUGCUGCUUUGGUCAAGGAUCGACUCCAGAAAGAUUUGCGUUGCACACCCAAAGAUAUUGUUGAUAAGAUAAGGCAAGAAUAUGGGAUCAAAGUAAGUUAUGAUAAAGCUUGGAGGGGUAAAGAGUUGGCCCUAAAAGAGAUACCACUUGAACAAUAUGUUCCAGCUCUUAGGAUGCUUUGUAAAGACAUUGAGAUGACAAAUCCAGGAAGCAUGGCAAAGCUUAGCAGGUCAUUAGACAAUUCCUUGAGACUUUUUAUUGCAUACAAGGCUGCCAUUUAUGGUUUCAAGCAAGCAUGUCGACCACUUGUGUUGCUUGACUAUUGGAAGAUGGAAGGAAAAUGCCGAGGUGUGUGGCUGUUUGCCAUGGCCUUUGAUGCAGAAACUGAGGAGUUUCCAAUCUCAUUUGCAUUUGUUGAAUCAAAGAACCUAGAGAGUUGGAAAUGGUUCUGUGAUGAGUUGGGUCAAGUCCUGGAAUGCAUACCUAAAUUAACAUUUAUAUCAAAUAGAGGGGAAGGGUUUCUUGAA